CCGCCCUACUUCCGGUCCGUUCUUCCGGAUAAGGCCAUGUCAGCACGUUUUAUUUAUUAUGGAACAUUUGUUUUUUAUCUUUUGUCAGUGAUGCGGCCAUAUUUGACAGAAAAGACUUCAUAACAUUUAUUUUUGUAACGGUUGUCGGUUUCAUGUUUUUUAACAAGCGGAGCAGCAGCAGUAGCAUCGAGUCAUGGAGGAGGGGAUAGCGGAGACACCGGAGGAGCUGCUGGCCAAACAGCACCGCAAAGAGAAGAAAGACCUGCAAGCAAAAAUCCAGAGCAUGAAAAAUGCAGUCCCCAAAAAUGACAAGAAAAGGAGGAAACAGCUGACUGAGGAGAUCACCAAGUUAGAGGCUGACCUCAACCAGAAACAUGAGGAGGAGGUCAAACAGCUCAAAUCUACUACAGACACAAAGGUAGAGGAGGUGAUCAAUGGAGUUGAGUCUCUAAAGGUGGAUGGUGGAGAAGAAGAGGAGGUCAAACAACCACGGGUUACCAAGGCCCAAAAGAGACGGGAAAAGAAAGCUGCCCAGGAGAAGGAGCGGGAGACCCGGAUAGCAGAGGCAGAGGUGCAGAACCUGCAGGGGGUGAGACACCAGGAGGGGUUGAAACUGACCCAGAAACUGGCUCAGCAGCAGCUCCAGAUCAAGGAGAUCUCCUCUGAUGGCCACUGCAUGUACCGCGCUGUCGAGGAUCAGCUGGCGCAGCGAUCAGUGCCUGGAUUACCCAUGAACGUGAAGGAACUGCGGUCCCGCACUGCCCAGCACAUGAGAAGUCACGCGGAUGACUUCUUACCUUUUCUCACCAACCCCAACACUGGUGACAUGUACACAACAGAUGAAUUUGAGAAAUACUGCAGUGACGUGGAGCACACAGCAGCGUGGGGGGGGCAACUCGAACUGCGAGCUUUGACCCAUGUUCUCCAUUUACCAAUAGCAGUGAUCCAGGCCGACUCCCCAACUAUCAAAAUUGGAGAGGAGUAUGACAGCGAACCCAUCACUCUUCUUUAUAUGCGUCAUGCCUACGGACUGGGAGAACACUACAACUCUGUGGAGCGGCUAAAGGACCCGGCCAACGCAGAGGACAGCUGAAACAUGACUCAGUUUUCUUGUGACCACUUUGUGUGAUGCAGAGAGCGUUCAGACCUCUCCAAACACGGACCUCUAAAUACAGACGUAUUUGGGUGUGAUGUCCUUGACUGAAGACACCGUUGAGCUGACGUUAUCAUAGACUGAUGCUGUUUUCAGAUUGGGUUAACCUUGCAGAGACACUUCAUUGUUAAUAACUCAAAAAUAUUAGUGAGAAAAGUUCAAUGUAAUGAAAUCCUUUGUUUCUGAAGACGGUUGUGUUGCCCUGAUGAAAUCUAGCAGAGUGAAGGGAUUAAUUUGUUUUCUCCUUUACUGUGGUCAUUCAUACUCCAAGGAUCCUGACAGCCCUCUUUGGGAUUUGGACUUGGGGUUUAACCUCUCCAAUUCACUGUUUAAUUCAGUCCAUGUGGAAUGGAGAGGAUGUAAAAGAGCUGAUUAAUACUUAUGUCACUCAACAAAAUGUCAACAGUCAUUGAGUGGAUGUUGAAGCUUUUGCAGUGUUGAAGUUGUAAAUCACAUCAAUAUUACAUAAACACAUGCAAUACUAA